UAUAGGCUUGUUGUGUUGGGCAUUCAGCCGCAAAACAGUUUGUAUGGCAAAUCUAUUCAGUUUCAUCAAAUCGAGCAUCGUUUGUGCAGGAAAACGUGUUAGAGUGGAUAGUAGAAUACGAAAAUAGUAGGCAGUGCGUGGAGUAUUGAAAGUGAUCGGUAAAAUAUAGGGACGGAUAACUUGAAGUGAAAAAGCGUGGAAAACAAAAUGGAUCCAUCUGAACAAGUGCUCCAAACGAUGGUUACCAUCUGUACCGAGAGCAUUCGCCGAAUGCAUAGUUUGUGGGAUGAAAUGUUCGACACCGAGAUCUGCACCGACUACACCCAAAGACUACCGGAUCAUCUGGUAGCAUUCUUUGAUGAAGUGUACGAGGAAAGCUACGCCCGCAAAGAACGUAUCCUAGAAAAUAUUAGUCAGCUGCGGCAAGAAGCAGAGGAUCUUCGGCGGUUGCUAGGGGACACAACGGAAUACAUGGUUGCUGGCGUUGAAAAUAUGCCUCUUCUGAGACAGCAAAUGACCCUGGACCGUAGUCUGGAGCAAAUGCGGGCACAGCUACAGGAACGACACGAAAUCAUUGACCAGUACAUAUUGGAAGCGGAAACGCUUUGUGAAGAGCUAGGCGAAACACCUCGUACCCUGUCCAAGAAUCCGAUGCCCACGCAGGAAGAUUUGAUCUCGUUUCGUUCCUACCUGGAUCAUCUCAUCGCCGAAAAGAUGCAGCGUCUCGACGAAAUCGAUUCGCUGCGGCGAGAGACAAAGAAGCUCAUGGGACAAUUGGAAACGAUCCCGAUGAACGACGAACAGGAAAAGCUUCUAAAUGCGCGCAACUUUCCACCUACGUGUGAAAACAUGACGCAGCUGCGCUUGCUACGUGAGGAAACCCUAUCGCAGUAUGACAGUCUCCGACAGCAUAUCGAUGACACGCGCACCAAGCUCGAGCGUCUCUGGAAGUGCCUCGAGACACCGGCGGCCGUUAUUAAGAAAUUCCAUAAACUUACGGCCUACACGCAGACCACGUUUGACAAACUGUUUGCCGAGCUCGACCGCUGCGAGACGUUACGCCGGGAAAACUUGAAGCUGUUCAUUGAGCGUACCCGGCUGGAGAUCGUCGAGUGGUGGGAUCGGUGCAUGAAAUCGGAAGAGGAUCGCGCCCGGUUCAGCUCGUUCCAGUCGGACGUGUACUCGGAGGACGUGCUGCGGUUGCACGAGCUGGAGCUAAUCGAGAUGAAGGAUUUUCAUCGUAAGAACGAACAACUCUUCGAAAUGGUCGCACAACGCCAGGAAAUGUGGGACCGGAUGUUGGCGCUCGAGAACAAGUCGAACGAUCCCAAUCGGUACAACAAUCGCGGAGGCAAGUUGCUGGAGGAGGAAAAAGAACGUCGCCGCAUCAGCAAUCAGCUGCCGAAGCUCGAAGCGAAGCUCCUGGAAGCAUGUCAGCGGUAUGAGGAAGAGAACGACGGUUGCAAGUUCAUCGUUUUUGGAAAGAGUGUUGAAGAGCUGAUUGCGGACCAAUGGAAGCAGCGGGAGCAGAGCAAGCAGCAGAUAUCGAGCGCCCGCAAGCAAGCGAACGGUUUGUUGGGUUUGUCUACCGUCGGGCGAACGCCAGGGCGUGGGGAAUCGACCAUUAAAUCAACCACUCUGAUGACCGGUAGUAAUCGCACUCGUCUUGGAAUCGGAGGUCCAGGAUCGGCACUGAAGGCAAUGACUCCGGUGCACGGAGCAGCGUCAGCUUCCGCCACCAAAUCGGCCACCUGGAUGAAGCGAAAGCUGGUCACCCCGACCAAUUCCAUCCAUGCGAAGCGAUCGUUGUUGCGGGAGCUUAACAGUCCUGCACUGAGCACCGCCGGUAACCGGACUGGUACGAGGCUGCUCAUUCCAAAGGCCGCACCGGGGAAGAUACCGACCAUUAAGGUGUACGACACCAAGGUUGGAGGCUCGACUGCACAGAAGCGGCGCUCACGACGCAAAUCGCAAAGCUCCAAACAGCGCCGUAGUGUGUCGAUGUGCAAGCCACCAUCAGUGACGGUUAGUUCGGCCGAUGGCACCCUGCUGCAGGAGUCUGUAUGCUACGAAAAAAUUGAGAAUUUUUUCGAUAACAAUGUGCCAAACCGCUCGUCAGUGGUGGCAGACAAACUCAUCGGAGCCCGUGCGACUCGUUCUCAGCGGAACCGCUUGGAGGUGGAACUCCUGAGCAGCUUUGUCGAAGGGGAAGAAAAUAUGGAACCACCGGCACCAGUCGCUAGCGCAGCCCCCGGGACACCAUCCGCUCAUCACGCUGGCGGUGGUGCGUUCCAUCACGGCAUCUCUACGAAUUUCUCUCACAUUCCCGCUGCAUCAUCGACAAUGCUCCGGUCGCCGGGUGUCGGAUCCCAUUCGACAUCGAUCGCCUCCAGCACACGUAACGGGCAGAGACGGUUAAAACCGGCUAAGAAUUGUCCCAUCAUAUUCUAACAUUUACCAUUCACGCCUGAAAUGCCUGUAGCAGAGCGAGUCUUGUAUUACUCCAUUCUAACUUGUGGGACGAAUUACCAGGAGGAAAAGGAGAAAAAUCUUCACACGGGAGGAAUGCACUGGAUGGAGGGAGUGUGUGAGUGUGGCUGAUGCAAUGUUUAUCUUUUCUCGAAAACUUUCGUGCCCUCGAAAAGUACGAAAUGCUAUUAUUUUGUGCGGGACAUCACGUUCCUUAUACGAAGUUUUCGCGAUUUGGUACCGGCAAUUGUGCGGCAACGGUAGCUGAGGUCAUGGUAGAGCAAUAUUCUAGCGCUAAUAUGAAAUAAGCCUAGCAAACCGUUAUUCAACGUGCUCCAGAGCUGCUUAUGUGCUUUGAAAAGGAUCACUGCGGAUUGGGGGCUAAAAAAGGAUGGGAUUGAAGUGAAGGGAUUAGGUUAGUAUUUGUUUCGUUUUUUCUUUUAUAUGAGGAUUUAAUGCCGAUCGAAAUGGCUAACAUAAGAUAUUCGUCUGUACAAAAAUGUUGAGUAAUACGUUUUAAGCGACCUAUGAAAGAUCGCGGUUGAAAUAAGUCGUUCGUUUAAAAAAAACAUGGUACAAGAUAGUGGAGUGUGCUCUCUAAGCGUACGUAGUAAUUGUGCUGCGGAAAACCGAAAAAUGCUUAUGUUCUAGAUCUACUAAUGUCUUUUAUCCACUUACUAAUGCAAUGUUGCUGGUGCGCUACGAAAAACAAAUGAUUGAUUUAGUAACUAAUACAGCAGCAGAAUUUAUUCAAUAAAUGUUCAAAAACGUCUAACAC